GCGGGACUCCGCACCUCCGUGAGUUGUGGCUUACUUUUUCACUUUUUUUAAGAGUGCAAGGACAAUGCUGAAAGGAAUGACAAGGCUUAUCUCCAGGGUCCAUAAGUUGGACCCUGGAUGUUUUUUGCACACGGGGACCAGGGUACCCCAAAGCCUUCCUGCUCACCUGGAUAACCAGGUUCCAAUUGAGAGUCCCAGAGCUGUAUCCCGCACCAGUGAGAAUGACCCGGCCAAGCAUGGGGAGCAGCAUGAAGGUCAGCACUACAACAUUGCCCUCCAGGAUCUGAAGACUGUGUUCCCCCAUGGCCUGCCUCCUCGCUUUGUAAUGCAGGUGAAGACAUUCAAUGAAGCUUGCCUGAUGGUAAGGAAACCAGCCCUAGAGCUUCUGCAUUACCUGAAAAACACCAAUUUUGCUCAUCCAGCUGUACGAUAUGUUCUCUAUGGGGAGAAGGGAACAGGAAAAACCCUCAGUCUUUGCCAUAUUAUUCAUUUCUGUGCAAAACAGGACUGGCUGAUACUGCAUGUUCCAGAUGCUCAUCUUUGGGUGAAAAACUGCCGGGAUCUUCUGCAGUCCACUUACAACAAACAGCGUUUCGAUCAACCUUUAGAGGCUUCCAUCUGGCUGAAGAAUUUCAAAACUGCAAAUGAACGUUUCUUGAGUCAGAUAAAAGUUCAAGAGAAGUAUGUCUGGAAUAAGCGAGAAAGCACUGAGAAAGGCAGUCCUCUGGGAGAAGUAGUUGAACAGGGCAUAAUGCGGGUGAGGAACGCCACAGAUGCAGUUGGAAUUGUGCUCAAAGAGCUAAAGAGGCAAAGUUCUUUGGGUAUUUUUCACCUCCUGGUGGCAGUGGAUGGAGUCAAUGCUCUCUGGGGAAGGACCACACUGAAAAAAGAAGAUAAAAGCCCGAUUGCCCCAGAGGAACUAGCACUCAUUUACAACCUGAGGAAAAUGGUGAAAAAUGAUUGGCACGGAGGCGCCAUUGUGUUGACUCUGAGCCAGACUGGAUCUGUCUUUAAGCCCCGGAAAGCCUAUCUGCCCCAGGAGUUGCUGGGAAAGGAAGGAUUUGAUGCCCUGGAUCCCUUUAUUCCCAUCCUGGUUUCCAACUAUAACCCAAAGGAAUUUGAAAGUUGUAUUCAGUAUUAUUUGGAGAACAAUUGGCUUCAACAUGAGAAAGCUCAUACAGAAGAUGGGAAAAAGGAGCUGCUAUUCCUAAGUAAUAUGAAUCCCGGGCAGCUGGAGCGGCUCUGUGCCUACCUCUAAGCCAUGGUCACAACACGCGUGGAAGACAAUGGACAUUUCCUUUAAGAGACCAGACCCAAGCAGAUGGGGAAGUCCCACAGUACGGAAGAGGAGCAGCCAGGCCCCUGGACUCCUGGGCUUGGACAGGACUGCAGUUAGCUCCGAACCUUCGUUGAAAUGGGUUCCUUAUGAAGUGACUGUAAUGGCAAUAAGAUGUCCUCUUGUUCCUGAAACUAAUAUCAGUUUAUUAGAUGUGGUUUUCACAUUUGAAAUAAUCAUGGAUCUUUUCCUUAUAAUUAAAUUAAGUAUCUUUCUUAA